CCUACCCCUCUUUGUUUCUUGUAUUGUAUCCCUUCACUUUGAAGACAGAGAUAUUUACAAAUAUAAUAUAAGGUUGUAAUUUGUAACUAAAUAAAAUGGUCAAGAUAUGUGGAAUUGGAGCUGGAUACAUAGGGGGUCCUACAAUGGCUGUUUUUGCCCUCAAAUGCCCCUCAAUUGAAGUGGCUGUGGUUGACAUCUCUCACUCUCGCAUAUCAGCUUGGAAUAGCAAGAAACUCCCCAUUUAUGAGCCUGGCCUAGAAGAAGUGGUAAAUCAGUGUAGAGGAAAGAAUCUCCUCUUCAGCACAGAUGUGGAAAAGCAUGUGUAUGAGGCAGACAUAGUUUUUAUUUCAGUGAACACCCCAACAAAAACUAGAGGGCUUGGAGCUGGCAAAGCCGCAGACUUGACUUAUUGGGAGAGUGCAGCUAGGAUGAUAGCUGAUGUUUCCAAGUCAAACAAGAUUGUUGUUGAGAAAUCUACUGUCCCAGUUAGAACAGCUGAGGCAGUUGAGAAAAUUCUAAUCCACAAUAGCAAAGGCAUCAAGUAUCAAAUUCUGUCAAAUCCUGAGUUUCUUUCUGAGGGAACUGCCAUUCAGGACCUUCUAAAUCCUGAUAGGGUUCUGAUUGGAGGGAACCAAGGCCCUGAAGGUCAAGAGGCAAUCCAAAAAUUGAAGGAUAUAUAUGCUCAUUGGGUGCCUGAAGAUAGAAUUAUAACAACCAAUCUCUGGUCAGCAGAACUCUCUAAGUUAGCUGACAAUGCCUUCUUGGCACAAAGGAUUUCAUCUAUCAAUGCUAUGUCAGCUCUAUGUGAGGUCACUGGGGCAGAAGUUUCACAGGUUUCUCAUGCACUCAGCAAAAACACCAAAAUUGGGCCCAAAUUCCUAAAUGCUAGUGUUGGUUUUGGUGGCUCUUGCUUUCAAAAAGACAUACUCAACUUGGUCUACAUCUGUGAGAGUAAUGGCCUCAUUGAAGUGGCAAAUUACUGGAAAGGAGUAAUUAAGGUGAAUGACUACCAAAAGAGUCGGUUUGUGAACAGGGUUGUAACCUCAAUGUUCAAUACAGUUUCAGGUAAGAAGAUUGCAAUUCUGGGGUUUGCCUUCAAGAAAAACACUAGUGACACUAGGAAAACUCCUGCAAUUGAUGUUUGCAAAGGUCUUUUGGGAGAUAAUGCAUGCUUGAGCAUAUAUGAUCCCCAGGUUACUGAGGACCAGAUUCAAGAAGAUUUGUCACUGAAUAAAGUUGAAUUGGACCAUCCAAUCCACCUGCAGCCACAGCCAGUGAGUUUCACAAGUUUGAAACAGGUUAAUAUUGUUGGGGAUGCCUAUGAAGCAACUAAAGAUGCUCAUGGGAUCUGCAUUCUUACAGAGUGGGAUGAGUUCAAGACAAUUGAUUAUCAAAGAAUAUUUGAUAAUAUGCAGAAACCAGCAUUUGUUUUUGAUGGUAGAAACAUAUUGAAUGUUGACAAGAUGAGGGAAAUUGGAUUCAUUGUGUACUCAAUUGGGAGGCCAUUAGAUCAGUGGCAGAAGAACAUGCCUCAGCAGGCAUGAUGGGGUAUAUUCUCUCAAGGGAACAAAUGCUGAAGAAUAUGAAAUAAGCAGGACAAUUUUUUCCUUUGUGAAAUUUCACCCCUCUAUGUUUAAGGAUUUGUAGAGUUUCAUUGCCCCCAACACUAUGAUGUGAUUUGAUGUGUUUUCCUAAUAUAAUACGUAGGUAUGAAAAUUGCAUUCUUCAGUGUUAGAAAAUUAUUCGGGUAAGCUCGGGCAUUAAUUGUUGCUG